AUGGCUGUCUCAGGGCCGCUGCUCCUCGUUGCACCCCAUUGCUUCGAUGACACCUUCCAGACAAUUUUCUGGUCGAGGGGACAGCGCGUGCAGGUUUCGAGAUGCUGGACACCGCCUCGGGAUCAGCACCAAGAUAGGCUAUACUCUGGUCGCGAAGACGAUUGUGACCAGCCCUUGACCAAUGCAAAGCGACUCAGUGCAUGGCCGAGCACAUUCGUGUCGGAUGAAGAGGGUGUGAUCAGGUUGUCAUCGGGUCCCAGCAGAUACGCAAUAACGAGUAAGCACGAUAUCGAGCAUAAGAAGCAGCCCAGGCCGAAAAACAACAGCUUUCUGUCUUCACGAAAAGUGAAUCCUAAGGAAAAACAGCUUAUAUGA